CAUCACCCCUCUCUAGAUCUUAGCGUUGCUUCAUUAAUGUAUUCCAGACAGUCGACCAUGCUUAAUCGAGGUUGCAGUCGCCAUCUUUCGGCCGCGACAUCCGCUUUUGCAUAGGUAGGUAUCCAUAUAUAAGAGCUCUGGGAUCUGUCUUGUCAUUCUCUUCUCUCCGACAAGCACUCUUGACAUUUUGUCUUUCGUUCAUUCUUCUCACCCCCUUCUUUCAACCUAGCGUGCCAUUCUUUUCGCGCUCUUUACAUUCUACAUCAAGAUGAAGUACUCUACUUUCGUCGUCGCCGCGGCAGCUGGUACUGCCGCAGCUGCUUCUGCUCCUGCAUACGCCCAAUGUGGUGGCCAAGGUUUCUCUGGUGCUGUUGACUGUGUCACUGGCUACCACUGUGCUGUUCAGAACGACUGGUAUUCCCAGUGCGUACCUGGUGCUGGCUCCAGCUCUCCUGCCUCUACAGCCAAGGCCGUCACCUCGGCCAAGGCCACCACCUCGGCCAAGGCCACCACCUCGGUCAAGGCUACCACUACUCAGGCUCCCUCCAAGGCCCCUGUCAGCACCAGCAAGGCUGUUGUCACUUCUGCUACUUCCUCUGCUAGUUCCAAGGGCAAGGUCAAGUACGCCGGUGUCAACAUUGCAGGCUUCGAUUUCGGUAUCGAUACCAACGGUGGUUCUUCCGGCUCUUACGUCGACCCCGGAACCACUGGUCAAGCCCAGAUGAACCACUUUGUCAAGGAUGACAAGCUCAACGCUUUCCGUAUCCCCGUUGGCUGGCAAUACCUCGUCAACAACAACCUUGGUGGUAACCUCGACUCCACUUUCUUCGCCAAGUACGACCAGCAGGUGACCUACUGUUUGAACUCUGGUGCAGCCCUCUGUAUCCUUGAUCUCCACAACUAUGCUCGUUGGAACGGCCAGAUCGUGGGCAGCAGCGGCGGUCCUACCAACGCUCAGUUCGCCUCUGUCUGGUCCCAGCUGGCUACCAAGUACGCUUCCAAGCCCAAGGUCGCCUUUGGCAUCAUGAACGAGCCCCACGACCUUCAGGAUGUCAACGCUUGGGCCACCACCGUUCAAGCUGCCGUCACCGCCAUCCGUAAGGCCGGUGCCACCCAGAACAUUAUCCUGCUUUCAGGCAACGAUUGGUCGCAUGCUGGAAACAGCGUGUCAGACGGUUCCGCUGCUGCCCUCAACAAGAUCACCAACCUCGACGGCAGCAAGACCAACCUUGUCUUCGACGUCCACCAAUACUCUGACUCUGAUGGCUCGGUAGGUUUUAUCGAGGAAAGCUCACGAUAGAUGAAUCAUGAGCUUCUCCGUACCCCUGUCUCCCAUAAAACAACGCUAACAAUACCAUUGUAUAGGGCACAAACUCCGCUUGUACCACAGACAACGCCUCAAUCUUUGAAAACUUCGCCACCUGGCUCCGUAGCAACGGUCGCCAGGCCAUGCUCACCGAGGGCGGUGGCUCCAACGACCAGUCCUGCCUUACCAACGUCUGCAAGAUGCUCGGCGUCCUCAUGACCAACUCCGACGUCUACCUUGGCUGGACCGGCUGGUCUGCCGGCAUGUUCGCCACCGACUACGUUCUCUCAGAGGUCCCUAACGGUAGCGCUGGCUCCUACACCGA